UAUAUAUACUCGGGAGCUAUAAUAAUAGGCUUAUCCAAAAACAGACGGUAGUGCGAGAGAUGGCUCUCCUCCUCGCCAGUACUCCCACUCCCUCCUUUGCCUCACCCUCCUCAUCGUCCUCGUCUCCAUCAACUACGGCCAUCACUGUUAACCCAUUCUCCAGGUUGCACAAGGCAUCCAUUGUUGUGUGCCCAAAAUCGUUCAAUGGACUUCAAAUAUAUGCACCCUUUGUACUCAAGGAAAGAGUUGCAGUGAUUGUUAAGGCUGCUUCUGUUGAUGGAAUGGGUUCUGACGGUGGUGAGCCUCCCUCUGAAGGCAAGGAAGAAGUUGUGCCAGUUGAGAAUCUUCCUCUGGAGUCCAAACUGCAGUUGAAGCUUGAGCAGAAAACGAGAAUGAAAUUGGCGAAGAAGAUAAGACUUAGAAGAAAGAGGCUCGUAAGGAAGCGCCACCUGAGGAAGAAGGGUCGAUGGCCACCUUCAAAGAUGAAUAAGAACAAAAAUGUCUGACCUUUACCUCAAGUUGCUUGCAGGUCUAGUGCUGAUUUUUUGCUUAUGAUAUGUCAUUUAAAAUUGGUGUUUGCGGGACUGAACUUAUUUACUUUUGAAUGUAAUCAAUUCUAAAAGGCUUCCUUGA